AUGACAAUAAAACACCUUAGUCUUAGCUAUAAAUCAAAAUUAUUAAAUAAUAAAAACUUAGUGUUACAAUUAAUUUGCAUAACCCUUUAUAAUUAAUAAUAGAAAUAUUUAUUUAUAUUUACUUUAAUAUCUUAGAUAUUUUAUAAAAAUAACAAGUAAUCAGUAAAAAAAUAAUCAAAUUAAACAAAUUUACAAAAAUAACAACAAGAUAAGUUUAAGAAAUUUGAUAUCCCUUCAAAUUUUAUUCAUGGAAGAGACACUAGACUAGCAUUAUAAAUAUAAAAGGAAAAUGAAGAAAUUAGAAUACUAUGCUAAUAAAAUGAAGCUCAAUUUAAAUAGAUUAUAGAUCAAGAACAUAAUAAGCAAAUUAACAAAUUUUAAAAUGAAGUAAAAGAAUUGAAGUUAUCUGGGAAUAGAUAUCUAUUUUAUACAGAUAGGAUUUCAGAUAUAAAUUAAAAUGAAGCAAAUCAAAUUAAUAUACCAGUUAUUAUGACAAUCCAUGGCAUUCCUGGAAGUCUUUAAGAUUUUUUGAGCUUAUAAUAACACAUUUAAGCGCGUUUAUCUUGUAGAUGGAUAAAUUUCUCAAUACCAGGGCUUGAUGGCUAAGAUGAAAGACGAGGAACCUAUUUAGGAUAUUUGGAAGACACUUCCCUCCUAAUGAAAGAUUUUUUGGAUGAGCUUAAAAUUGAUAAAGUUGUCCUUAUUAUGCAUUCUGCUGGAGGUAUGUAUGGGAAAAAAUUUAUUCAUACUCAUCCAGAAAGAGUAAAAGCAAUUGUUUAGCUAGCUUCGAUUGGAUUAGAAAUAUGGGAACCUCUACUUGUUCAGAAUACUAUUUUUUAAAAGAUAGGAAUAGAUUUAAAUUCUAUAACAAGAGAGCAAAUUGAUAAUAAAGACUUUAGGGAUAGUAUGAUUAGAAAUAUUAAUAACCUAAUGAAUAUAUUUAAUCAAAGUAAAGACAAAUCUUUAUAAGUUUGGAAAGCAAUGAAUUUCUAUCAUCAUAUCAUGCUAUUAAAAGCUCAAACAUACAAAAAUGGAUUUGAUUCAUUUUUUCUGGAAAUGAAAAAUUUAGAUAGAAGAAUACCUAGAUUUUUUGCAUAUUCUUAGGUUGAUGCUCUUUUAAGAGAGAGACAUUUGCAGUAAGAAAUAUAUUACUAUAUUCUUUCUCCUCAAUCAUACAAUUUUUAGUUAAAAAAUUAACCAAAAUUAGAUUAUAAAUUUUAGCUUAGAGAUGAAUAAAGCGUUCUCAAAAAUUUCAUAUUUUCGUAUAAUGAUGCUGGACAUGCAUUUUAAUAUCAUAAAGGAUUUGAAUUAUCUAUAAAGCUUAAAAUAUUUAUUUAAAUUAUUGAAUAAAUUGAGGUGAGUAAUAAAUAAAUAAAUUCACAAGUAUAACCAAAAUUAUGA